CUGUUGACACUGUUGCUGGUCGCCAUGUUGGCUACCUUGAGCCAGGCUGGUGGACACGUAGGCUUUGUUGGAGGUCACGGUGGUGGAUAUGGAGGUGGAUAUGGUGGUGGAUACGGCGGUGGAUAUGGUGGUGGCUACGGAGGUGGAUAUGGAAGAGGAUACGGAGGAGGAUACGGUGUUGGUGGUGUAUCAAACAGCAUCUAUAACAUCGCAGGUCCCAGACAUGGUGGAUACAGUUAUGGCGGCCACGGAGGAUAUGGUGGCGGCCAUGGAGGCUAUGGUGGAGGCUAUGGCGGUGGCUAUGGCGGUGGCUAUGGCGGUGGCUAUGGAGGUGGCUAUAGUGGUGGCUAUGGUGGUGGCUAUGGCGGUGGCUAUGGCGGUGGCUAUGGAUACGGAAAAUAGACGACCAGCAAGGGAAUAUAAUAUCCAAAUAAAAUUAAAUUGUUGAUAAUAAAAUAACGAAUUACA